AUGCAGUACUGCAGAGUGGGCACGCCGAAGCCACAGGCAUACCGAGGCGGCAGCAAGACAGUAGGUCGGUGGCUCAAGGACAGGAAGGAGAAGAAGAAAGAGGAGACGCGAGCACACAAUGCGCAGGUCCAUGCCGCUGUUUCAGUUGCAGCGGUGGCUGCUGCGGUUGCGGCUGUCGCUGCUGCCACUGCUGCAGCCUCAGGAUCCGGCAAGGAUGACCGCGCAGCCCGCACCGACCUUGCUAUGGCUUCCGCGGCGACACUUGUGGCUGCACAAUGUGUCGAGGCUGCUGAGUCCAUGGGAGCGGAGCGUGAGCACUUGGAGGCGGUUGUUAGUUCGGCAGUGAAUGUCAGGACACCCGGAGACAUUGUCACGGUCACGGCUGCCGCGGCUACUGCAUUGCGAGGUGCAGCCACAUUGAGGGCAAGGGCUUUGAAGGAGGUGUGGAACAUCGCAGCGGUGAUCCCGGUGGAGAAGGGGACAAUGGGAGGAGGAGGAGGAGGAGGAGGGCACCAUCAGAAGCAGCAGAAUAUGCCAAAGCAGCAUCGGAAGCUGGAGAGCAACGGCAGCAGCCUCAGUGACCUUUCGCUCGAGGAGGAGAACACCUUCCUGGGCGUGUGCAGCCAAGAACUCCUUGUUCGCGGCACUGAGCUCCUUAAGCGCACACGGAAAGGCGCACUGCAUUCGAAGGUUGUGUCAGUGUACAUCAACAGAAUGGGCCUGGUUGCUCUCAAAAUGAAGAGCCGGCAUGUUGCAGGAACAAUCACCAAGAAGAAGAAAAGCGUGGUGAUAGAUGUUUGCAAGGACGUCGCGGCGUGGCCAGGCCGGCACCUUCUGGAGGACGGUGAGCACCGCCGCUACUUUGGCCUGAGGACGGCAGACCACCGGGUGAUCGAGUUCGAGUGCACCAGCCAGAGGGAGUACGAGCUGUGGACCAAGGGCGUAGCGCGGCUCCUCAGCAUCGCUGGCGAGCGGAAACGUCCCCUGUGAGAGCUGCCGACGCGGGUCUCUGUUGGCUGGACUCCGGAGCCAUCUGUUUGCUAGGCUGUAGAUGUGAAGUGAGGGCAACAACAAAAUGGCAUGGGCUAUUGGGUGUACCUCUUGUCCCACAAGAGAAUUAUGUAGCUAGGGCUUGUUCCUGUUGCUGUUGUGUUGUUAGGGCUGGAGUUAAAUUAAAUGCGGUGUGUUUAUGUGCAUGUGGGGAAUGCAAUGCAUGGGGUUCCAUCCCUCAUCGGAAACUCAUAUGGUAAGAAGAGAAGGGGAGGAGAGUGAAAGUUCUUUCUUCGCUCUUCUAUAUCCAUUGGGUUUUUACCUUCUCUUCUGGUUUGUCUCCUGUAAUUUUUUUUUCUCACCUGGCCAUGGGGUGUGGCCUAUAUAUCUGGAGCAGUGGCAAGAGAAGAUAAAUGAUGUGUUAAUGUUUAGAAAAGCAUGUGCUUAUUCCAUUUAUGGUUGUUUUCUCCAAUGCUGAAGGAUGCAAAAUUCUCUUCAUUGUUUUGGAAUACUUUGUGAAGUUGUGUUCAA